GGCUUUAAAAUUAUAAAAGCUGCGCAUGUGCAGAGGAAGAAAAAAAUCGAGAGAACUUGCCAGGCCGCUGGAGGUCUACCAUAAAAAGAGUCAUGAGCAGCUCUGAGGAAGUGUCUUGGAUUUCCUGGUUUUGUGGCCUGAGAGGAAAUGAAUUCUUUUGUGAGGUUGAUGAAGAUUACAUUCAGGACAAGUUUAACUUGACCGGACUCAAUGAACAAGUUCCUCACUACAGACAAGCUCUAGACAUGAUUCUGGACUUAGAACCAGAUGAUGAACUGGAGGAUAACCCAAAUCAAAGUGAUCUGAUAGAACAAGCAGCAGAAAUGUUGUAUGGUUUAAUCCACGCUAGGUACAUAAUGACAAACCGAGGAAUAGCUCAAAUGAUAGAGAAAUGGCAGCAGGGAGAUUUUGGCUCCUGUCCCCGAGUUUACUGUGAGAAUCAAUGCAUGCUUCCAAUAGGACUGUCUGAUGUCCCUGGAGAGGCGAUGGUGAAGCUGUAUUGUCCUAAAUGUCAGGAUGUGUACACCCCUAAAUCCUCCCGUCAUCAUCACACAGACGGGGCUUACUUUGGAACAGGAUUUCCUCAUAUGUUGUUUAUGGUCCACCCAGAAUACAGACCUAAACGUCCAGCCAAUCAAUUUGUGGCAAGGUUAUAUGGCUUUAAAAUCCAUCCCCUGGCCUACAAUCUACAGUAUCAAGCUGCAUCCAAUUUUAAAAUGCCAAUGAGGAUGACCCACAGUAGUGGAAAACGGUGAAUCUUCAUCCGAGGGAGGAGAAAAAAGAAACACUCAACCAAUCAUUGUCAAAUAUACAAGUAGGAUUGUCCUUCAUGUCAACCGUACAUUUUCUUAGUUUUCAUGUGCAGUCCUAGGUCUUGUGUACUGUUCAGUCCAUGGUGACUAAUUUUUGUACUACAUGGUUAGAAUACUUUUAUAAAACAAGUUAUAAGUUAUAAGUCAUUAGAAAAAUUCAAGGACAUUGUUGAAUCAUUGUACAGCAUCACAGUAAUUCAUCUAUUGUACUGAUGUCUCGGAUACACAGUAUGUUUUAUAACUACAGGAAACAUUUAAUGCAUUGUUAGAAAUCUGAUUUUUUUUUUUAUUUUCCUCUUACUCAUGUCUACAUGUGUUUAUAUGUUGAAAUAAAAUUGCAACAAAUGC